AGGUGUUUUACCAUCUACAUACCUGAUGCGUAACCUUAAGGAACCACAGCUGAGGCUAAACUACCUUUAUCUCAAAGGACAGGGUGCCAAAGCACUGGCUGAUGGACUCAAGGUACAUUUGGGGAUUCAUCAUUUGAGGUCUUGGUUAGGGGAAUAUGUUCUACUUUAUACAUAUAUUUACAUGUACAAAGAAUUAAAAGCACUCUAUAUGAUAUCAAAUGGUCUUGUCUUUACAAAAGAUUAUUUCAAUAUGGGACAGCAUCUUUUCCAAUCAAUAGAGGUUGGGCCAUGCAGCCGAAGGUAAGCCAUACAACCGAAGGUAAGCCUUACAACCAAAUUUUGUAGAUUCAAUCUGACGGAGAAUGCCGAGCCUCUAUUUUUGACCAAUUAGAGACGUCCUCUUCACAUUCGUGGUACCCUCGGCCAACUUCGUUUGCAAAGAAAAGCUUCGGCAAUCUUCGGCAAUCUCCGGCUUUUCUUGAGGUAUCUUCGGUUGAUUGCCAAAAGUCGACACCCAUUUCAAUAUUAUUA